AUGUCCCGUUUCUCUGGAAAAGCCGUGAUCAUCACCGGAUCCUCGAAUGGAAUCGGUAGAUCCGCGGCCGUUCUGUUCGCCCAGGACGGUGCCCAAGUGACUAUUACUGGCAGAAACGCGGAAAGAUUGGAAGAGACGAGACAGCAGAUUCUGAAAGCGGGAGUGCCGGCUGGAAAUGUGAAUGCAGUGGUGGCGGAUCUGACCGAGACAGCCGGGCAGGAUCUGGUUGUGAGCACGACUCUCGUCAAGUUCGGCAAGAUUGAUGUCUUGGUGAACAAUGCGGGGGCCAACCUGACGGACGGAACCGCCAACACCGAUCAGUCCAUUGAUUUGUACCACAAAACGCUGAAAUUGAACCUUCAAGUCGUCAUCGAAUUGACUCAAAAGACCAAGGAACAUUUGAUCAAAACGAAGGGAGAGAUCGUGAAUGUUUCGAGUAUUGUCGCAGGACCACAAGCGGUGGGUGAAGAGAAAAUGGGCAACGUCUAAAAAUCAUGUUCAAAUCUUCAGCAACCCGGAUUCCCGUACUAUGCGAUCGCAAAAGCAGCCCUUGAUCAGUACACCCGAUGCACUGCCAUCGAUCUCAUUCAGUACGGUGUCCGAGUGAAUUCGGUCAGUCCGGGAGCCGUUGCGACUGGAUUUUUGAAUGCAAUGGGAAUGCCAGAUCCUCUCACCGAAAAGGUAAGUUCAAACACUAUCUAAACUCGCUUACAUUUUCAUUCGUUUUCAUUUCAGGUGCUCAGUUUCUUGGAGUCGAAGAAGGAAUGUAUCCCGGUGGGACAUUGUGGACGUCCGGAGGAAAUCGCCCACAUCAUCCUGUUCCUUGCCGACAGAAGACUCUCGUCCUACAUUAUCGGACAAUCGAUCGUGGCCGACGGAGGAACCACCUUGGUUUCCGGAAUGAGCGCACACGACAUUCUGUCCAUUCUCAGCCAGUAA